AAGACACCAUUUUGGAUAAAGGAUGCUGGGAAGGGUCACGUGAGGUCCAACAUGGCGACAGUGGGACCGAGUUGGUGACUCCGACACUGCAACAUGACAAAAUCAACCUCUAGAUCCCGAGUCUUUUGAUAAUUCCCACCACUCUGGUCGAUUUAAGAUGCACAAGGAAAAGAAGACCAAGACGAUGUUUCUUAUCCGCGCCCUGGAGAAGAUCCUUAGCGACAGGGAGAUCAAGAAGUCGCACCACUCGCAGCUGAAGAAGGCUUGCGAGGUGGCACUAGAAGAGAUCAAGGGAGAAAUGGACAAUGAAUCCAGUAGCCCAGGAGAAAUUAUCGAGGACUCUUCUUCAGCCCUGCCCCUGCCCAAGUCUAAACAGAGAAGCAUAGAUGCUGACAAGUACUUCCUGCCCUUUGAGCUGGCCUGUCAGUCCAAAUGUCCCCGCAUAGUAUGCACUGCCCUGGACUGUCUACAGAAACUUAUGGCCUACGGUCACCUUGUCGGUGAUGCACCAGACAGCACGACCCCAGGUAAAAAACUGAUUGACCGCAUCAUCGAGACAAUCUGUGGCUGUUUCACAGGCACAACCACUGAUGAUGGCGUACAGUUACAAAUCAUCAAGGCCUUAUUGACUGCUGUCACCUCCAACACCUGUGAAGUGCAUGAAGGCACGGUGCUCCAGGCUGUCAGGACAUGUUAUAACAUCUACCUGGCCAGCAAGAACCUCAUCAACCAGACAACAGCCAACGCAACUCUCACACAGAUGUUAAAUGUUAUCUUCUCCAGGAUGGAGAUACAAGCUGCUAAAGAACAGGCACUACAGCUCGAGAGAACCUCGAGUAGAGCGUCGCUCACUAAAAGUGAAGGAAGUGAAGGGACCCCCGUCCCUACCCCACCACCACACGGGCUGUCCAAUGGUGAGGUGGUCACAGGUAUGACUGAUAACAAAGAAGAGGGACCCCAGUCACAGAAGGAGGCUGGAGAAGAUGUGGAGUCCUCACAGACAGAAGACUCAGAGGCCAGAGCACAGGAAGGACAGGGAUCUGCUGCUGACUCAAGCAGUGAAGGACAGAAACAGGGAGAAGCAGUGUCUGUCUCGGAAGAGCAGAGCUCGGACUUACCCGAGUCAGAACAACACGGCACAGAACAGGACAAUGAGACACAGCAACAGGAGCAGCAAGACCCAGCUGUUUCCAUAGCAGAGCCAGUAUCAGAAGCAGCAGACCCAGAACAGGAACAGUCAGUAGAAAAUGUGGUGGCAUCCAUCAUAGAUGACAUGAUAUCUUCUGCAGUAGAAGAAGAAGAAGGAGAGGGCCAUGCAACAGAUGAAACCCUGACCCCGGUUGACCCCGCUAUACCGAGUGAUGACACAGAGAACCAGGACUAUAACCUGGAGACACCGGAGGCCAGGGAGGCUGCAGCAGCAGCCAGGUUCUCUCAUGUCUUACAGAAGGACGCUUUUCUUGUGUUCCGCUCCCUCUGUAAGCUGUCCAUGAAACCCCUGCCUGACGGACCCCCGGACCCAAAGUCUCACGAGUUGCGGUCCAAGGUUCUGUCCCUACAGCUCCUCCUGUCCAUCCUGCAGAACGCAGGGCCAGUGUUCCGCACCAACGAGAUGUUCAUCAAUGCCAUCAAGCAGUACCUGUGCGUCGCCCUCUCCAAGAAUGGCGUCUCACCGGUGCCAAAAGUGUUUGAGCUGUCCCUGGCCAUUUUCCUGACUCUAUUGUCCCACUUCAAAACUCAUCUGAAGAUGCAGAUUGAGGUAUUUUUCAGGGAGAUCUUCUUGAACAUUUUGGAAUCAUCUAGCUCAACGUUUGAACACAAGUGGAUGGUUAUCCAGGCUCUUACACGCAUCUGUGCUGAUGCCCAGAGUGUGGUAGAUAUCUACUUGAACUAUGACUGUGAUCUGACGGCUGCCAACAUCUUUGAGCGGCUGGUCAACGACCUGACGAGGAUCGCCCAGGGAAGGGGGGCCAUCGAGCUGGGGGCAACUCCCAACCAAAUUCAAUCUGAGAAAACCAUGAGAAUGAAAGGACUGGAGUGCCUUGUCUCUAUACUGAAGUGUAUGGUAGAGUGGAGUAAGGACCUGUAUGUCAACCCCAAUCUUCAGGCAAAUCUUGGUCAAGAAGCGUCCAAGGAUGUCGACACGGACAGCGGACAUGGCACCAUGGCGCGCCAUGCGAGCGACAACUCCCUCAACUCUUCCUCACCCAGCGUGGGGUCAUCUGUGCACGACAAUCCCGAACAGUUCGAAUCUCUGAAACAACAGAAGGAAAUCUGGGAACAAGGCAUAGAACUAUUUAACAAGAAACCAAAGAAAGGGCUGCAGUUUCUUCAGGAGCAAAGCUUGCUGGGUAAAAGUGCCUGGGACGUGGCUGACUUCUUCCACACUGAUGAGAGAUUGGACAAGACUCAGAUUGGAGACUUCCUUGGAGAAAAUGAAAAGUUCAACAUGGAGGUUAUGUACACAUACGUGGAUCAGCUGGAUUUCUCUGGUCGUGACAUCGUGUCGGCCUUGAGGCUGUUUCUGGAGGGUUUCAGGCUACCCGGUGAAGCACAGAAGAUUGACAGGCUUAUGGAGAAGUUUGCUGGAAGAUACUGUGAAACAAACCCCAACUUAGCCAUAUUUGCCAGUGCUGACACUGCCUAUGUGUUGGCUUACUCCAUCAUCAUGCUGACUACUGACCUCCACAGUGCCCAGGUCAAAAGAAAGAUGACCAAAGAAGAUUACAUCAAGAUCAACAGGGGCAUCAAUGACAGCAAGGAUCUGCCAGAAGAGUACCUAUCUGCCAUUUAUGAUGAGAUAGCAGGGAACAAAAUUUCCAUGAAAGAACAUGUCAGGGCCCCAGGGCCCAAGCCUAUGGCAGCAAAAGAUGUCCAGACUGAGAAGCAACGCAAGCUUUUGUACAAUAUGGAGAUGGAGAAUAUGGAGAAAACUGCCAAGGCUUUGAUGGAAAGUGUCAGCCAUGUCCAAACAAACUUCACCUCUGCCACACAUUUUGAACAUGUCAGGCCCAUGUUCAAGAUGGUGUGGACACCAUUCCUGGCAGCCUUUAGUGUAGGACUGCAGGACUGUGAUGACACAGAAAUAGCCAACCUCUGUCUGGAUGGCAUCAGAUGUGCAAUAAGGAUUGCCUGUAUCUUCAAUAUGGAGCUUGAGAGAGAUGCCUAUGUUCAAGCGCUGGCCAGGUUCACGUUGUUGACUGCAAACGCAGAGAUUACUGAGAUGAAGACCAAAAACAUCAACACCAUCAAAACCUUAAUCACAGUGGCCCACACCGAUGGUAACUACCUGGGCAAGUCCUGGCUAGAGAUACUGAAAUGCAUCUCCCAGUUGGAGCUUGCACAGCUCAUAGGUACAGGAGUGAGACCUCGGAUGAUUGGUGGAGGGAACAGUAAGGGACACCAGGACACAGUCGACUCAUUAGAACCUGGGUUUAGAACAGCAGGACUGGUGGACAAACAGAAGAUGGCAUCCUUCCAGGAGUCGAUGGGAGAGACCAGCUCCCAGAGCGUGGUGGUCGCUGUGGACAGGAUCUUCACUGGAUCCACCAGAUUAGAUGGAAACGCUGUUGUACAUUUUGUGACGGCCUUGUGCCUGGUGUCUACGGAUGAGCUGUCAUCCCCCACCCACCCCCGCAUGUUCAGCUUACAGAAGAUUGUGGAGAUCUCCUAUUACAACAUGGGGCGUAUCAGGCUGCAGUGGUCCAGACUGUGGCAAGUCCUGGGAGAACAUUUCAACAGGUGUGGGUGCCAUCAGAAUGAGGAUGUAUCGUUCUUUGCGGUGGACUCCCUUCGCCAGUUGUCCAUGAAAUUUCUGGAGAGAGGAGAAUUGCCCAACUUCCGCUUCCAGAAGGAUUUCUUGCGGCCUUUUGAAUACAUCAUGAAACGGAACAAAUCCCCAACCAUCAGGGACAUGGUGGUUCGAUGUGUGGCUCAGAUGGUCAAUUCACAGGCCCCCAACAUCAAAUCAGGGUGGAAGAACAUCUUCUCCGUCUUUCACUUGGCUGCAGCUGAUUCAGACGAGGGUAUUGUUGAGUUGGCUUUCCAGACCACUGGGAAGAUCAUAUCCAGCAUUUUUGAACAGUAUUUCUAUGCUGUGAUUGACUCCUUCCAAGAUGCCGUGAAGUGUCUGUCAGAAUUUGCGUGCAACGCUGCCUUCCCAGACACCAGUAUGGAGGCCAUCCGUCUAAUAAGGAGCUGUGCCAAGUACGUGGCUGACAGACCACAGGCAUUCCGUGAACAUGGAGGUGACUUGGAACUCAACGUGUCUGAGGAGGACAGGGUGUGGGUGAAGGGCUGGUUCCCUGUGCUGUUUGACCUGUCCUGUGUCAUCAAUAGGUGUAAACUGGAUGUCAGAACAAGAGCGUUGACUGUAAUGUUUGAAGUGAUGAAAACCUACGGCCACACAUUCCACCAGCACUGGUGGCAGGACCUCUUCAGGAUCGUCUUCAGGAUUUUUGACAACAUGAAGCUGCCAGAACAGCAGCCAGAGAAAGCAGAAUGGAUGACGACCACGUGUAACCAUGCCCUGUACGCCAUCAGUGACGUGUUCACACAGUAUUUUGAUAUCCUGUGUGAUAUUCUCCUGAGUGACCUGUUCUCUCAGUUACACUGGUGUGUGAAGCAAGACAAUGAACAGCUUGCCAGGUCUGGCACUAACUGCCUAGAAAACAUGGUCAUCUCGAAUGGCAACAAGUUCACUGCGGAGACUUGGGACAAAACAUGUAACCUCAUGCUGGACAUUUUCAAGACAACGAUACCUCAUGCGUUGUUGACAUGGAAACCUGGAGGUCCUGAAUCAGAGCCCCCCUCCCCCUCCACUACCAAGUCAUUACAGGACAGCCAGCUGGACACCCAGUCACAGAAGUCCCUCAGCAUGCAAAGUUCUGUGGAUGUAGGGGACCUUGGAAAUGAGGAGCGACGAGGCAGUCAGCAGAGUCUGACCAGCGUAGGCAGCGAAGGGUCGCGCGGGCAACGUGAGAGACGGCCAACGGGAGAGCGGCAAAGAUCGUCUGUUGACCAUAAGCUGUUUGCUGGGCUGCUGAUUAAGUGUGUGGUGCAGUUGGAACUGAUCCAGACCAUCGACAACAUUGUAUUCUUCCCUGCCACCAGUCGCAGAGAAGAUGCAGCCAACAUGGCAGCGGCACAGAGUCACAACCCUAACAUGCCUGAUGAUGACCAUGACACGCUUCACGAGGACCAGGGAAUGUACGACCGUCUGACGUCCCAGCAACUCUUCCUGCUGCUGGACUGCCUGCUGGAGUCCCACAAGUUUGCCAAGGCCUUCAAUUCUAACAAUGAACAGAGAACUGCGCUCUGGAAAGCAGAGCUCUUUGUUUCUGUCAGUCAUAUGUUGAAGUAUACAGACCUUUGUUCCAUAGUCAGUUUAAGUGGCAUGGAAGGACACUUUACCAACCUGUUGGAUCUGCACUACGACAUGAAUGAGCGAUCUCCCUGGGAAUGUGCUGGGUUCAAGGGCAAGUCCAAGCCCAACUUGCUGAAGCAGGAGACCACAAGUCUGGCAUGUUCCUUGCGGAUCCUGUUCAGAAUGUACUAUGAUGAGAAGAGAAGAGACUUCUGGCCUGCAGUACAGGAGAGACUGCUGAAUGUAUGUGGAGAUGCCCUGGACUACUUCCUGCAGCUGGGCUCAGACAGCCACAGGGAUGCCUGGACCUCCCUGCUCAUCCUGUUCCUCACCAGGCUCAACAAAAUGGACGAGGACAGGUUCCGUGUGCAUGCAGCAAGGUACUACGUCCCUCUGUGUGAUGCCAUGGUGUUCGAACUGAAACCAGAGUUACGCUUCAUCAUGAGGAAAUUUUUCCAGCGAGUUGCUCCAGCGUUUGGCAUCACACCUCAUGCAGAACCUUCCGAGUAGUUAGGCAUAGAAGAAAAGACGGUUUAUAUAAUCGUUCAAUCAUAGUGGAGUUAUUGGCGACGCCUGCUUUGUGGGAAACUUGUGCCAUUUGAUGCAGACUAAAGGCAGAGGACCUUUUCAAGUAGUCUUUCUUUUAUUCCAUAGGACCUUGUACCACGUUCAGGUUCUUGCUUGAUUAAUGAUAAUUGUUUAUAUCACAAAAUAGCAAAAUCACUGAGGUUUUGAAAAUGAAAGGCACUUAGAGAAGAUGUAAAUACAAUUUACAAUGUGUAAUAAAAUUGGUUUAGGAUACAGUGUUUUCUGUUAAAAGGCUGAUUGCAUUCAAUUCUCAAAUAGAAGAUUUAUUUUCAUUGUUACUUUGAGUUGGACACAUGUUUGUCAAUUCUUUACUGUAUUAUAUCAAAAGAACAUUAUGUCCAUUGAAUCAAAUUAGAUUGGACAAAAUUCCAUUGAUCAAAAUGUGUCAACCUUAAAGGUGAUUAUGGUAAAAACAGUCUUCAAUUUGAGAAUCUCUUGCUAUCCUGUACUUUAGAAGAUUAUAGCAUAGACUAUGGUAGUAUAGUACCUCUGAUAUUUCCUCCCUAGCAUUAGUAGUAAAUGUUUAUAUACUGGAUGAACGUGGAAAGGUGAUUUUACCAGAUGUUUACAUGUACAUGUAUGUUUCAGGUCUUUAUUAUGUCAAUGGGUUUACUGCUUUAUCCUAGGAAUUUUGUCCUGGAAAUUGUUGUGCAAUUUUCACCUUGAUGGAAUCUGUAUAUCAAGAAUCAACAUUUAAGCAGUAGAAAUAUUAGAAUAGAAUACAGUAGCUGUCAAGUCCACAAUGGCCUGAGGAAAAUUGCAUUUUGUUGAUGUGCUAUUUCAUUAUAUGAUCUAAAAGAAGUGAGUUGUGCAACGAAAUUAGAUGUAUUUCUGUGAAGAAAAAAUUCUAUACUGACCUUACUUGUGAGAUUUGGAAGAUGAUGGUAUGAAGUUACCUGCUGAAUUUGUAUACUAUACCUACUAGGUUCAUAAUGCCCCUGGAAUGGCAAAUUGACUGGAUAAAAUUAAAAGUAAAGGUCUUUCUGCAUGCUCUCUAAUGAGGAAACUAGUAGUGCAGCUACCAUUUUUAUCCAGAGGUACAUUUUACCCAAUACUACUGAUGUAACAAACUGUUCAGUCUCCAAUACUGCAUAAUAGCAAUUAUAAUGGUACAGCUGUAAACUUUUUAAAAGUACUGCUGUCAACAGUGGCAACUCAUGUACACAUAUUCCCAAAGACAGAAACUUUCUGAAGAUAACAUGGUCCUCAAUAUUUCUUUUAAAAAAUCAGAUAACAUGCUUUGAUUAUGUUUUAGAGACACCGUGUUUUGACAUUUUGAUGUUUUUGGUAACCAUCUGAUUGCAGUAAGCAUAUGGUACACCAGAAAAUGAAAAAUGUAUACUUUUGAUUCUCAUAAAGCCAGUACACACAUCACAUAAUGAUCACAAAUAACCACAUUGGUAACUGGACCACAUGUACACCUCCCUGUUGAGAUGGAUGACUUUGAUGCUGUUGAGUAAUUUUACUCUGGAAAUUGAGAGAUUGUGUAAUAUGCAAAGUAUGACAUGUACUUGCACAACUUCACUUCAUAAAUCUAGCUAUUGGGUGAGAUGUGUAAUUUACAUUGUACAUUUAUUAAAAAGGAAAACAGAACGUA